AUGUCUGCUGCCAAACAAGGCUUCUACAAGAUCACUCAAAUACGGUCUACCAUAGGUAUGCCACCUCUUACCCGUAAGAAUAUGCAAGCUUUGGGUUUAAAAAAAAGAUUCCAAAUUGUGUACCAAAGUAUCUCUCCUUCAACUGCUCACAGAAUCGCUGCUGUUAAAGAAUUAGUCAAGGUCGAACUUGUUGGCGAACCAAAGUCUGUCCAACAGUUGGCUGACGAAAGAAAGUACAAGCCAGGUUUCGAAAUCAUCAACAGAGAUGUGGCUAAGCCAGUAUACGAAUAA